AGUGACUUGGUUCUCGACGUGGCCGAAGCAUAUUCAUUGUUUAUUAAAAUUUGUUUGAAUUUUCUGCCAAUGCGCGAGUGUUGUCGGUGUCUAUCCGAGAGAAAGUAGAGAGCUAUGGGACUGACGUUUUCAAAUCUUUUCAACAACCUGUUUGGGCAAAAACAAAGUCGGAUUUUGAUGGUUGGUCUUGAUGCUGCUGGAAAAACAACUAUUUUAUAUAAACUGAAAUUAGGAGAAAUUGUUACAACAAUUCCUACAAUUGGUUUCAAUGUGGAAACUGUAGAAUACAAAAAUAUCAGUUUUACCGUGUGGGAUGUUGGUGGACAAGAUAAAAUCCGUCCUUUGUGGAGGCAUUAUUUUUCUAAUACGCAGGGUCUAAUCUACGUAGUUGAUAGCAAUGAUCGUGAAAGGAUAAAUGAGUCAGCCGAGGAACUGCAAAGAAUGUUGGAAGAAGAUGAACUGAAGGAUGCUGUGUUAUUGGUGUUUGCAAACAAACAAGAUCUACCGAACGCGAUGAGCGCAUCGGAUCUUACUGAGAAACUGAAUCUUCACCAAGUGAAACGACACUGGUAUAUUCAAACUUGUGUGGCAACAGAUGGAACCGGUCUUUACGAAGGACUCGAUUGGCUUUCACAAAAGCUCUCCUCGUCGUGAGACUGGAGACACGGAAAAUUAUAAAAUGUAUAAUAUAAUACCAUAAAAUGUAGCUUGAAAAUUGUACUUUUGACAGAAUAGUGGUUAGCGACGUCAACACAACUACAAAAUCAACUUUUUUAUAUGAACUUGGAACAAUACGUAGGGACCAAUUUAAAAACGAAAAAGAAAAUAGGUGAUGAAAACCAUGUACUUAUAUAUUUGUCGUUAGUGUUCAAAGAAAGCAGAAGCUCUUUUUUGGUGUUCA